UUGGAAGCCGUUAAUGUUAUGAAGGAAUGUAAAAAUUGCUUAAAACAGAUUAAAUCAACUUAUAAGACUACCCAAAGAUUACGUGAAAUAAUAAUAUUAUUUUAAUUAUAUAAAUGAGUUCUCUGUCUCUUGGCAUUAAAAACAUAUUUUCACGUGCGUCUCGCGAGCAAUGUAUAACGAAUUUAAAGAAAUUUCAUGUGGCUAAAAUGAGGAGAAAAGGAGUUCAACCCUCAGCAAGCGCUGCCGUAUUAGUUCCUUUAUGCAGUAUAAAUGACAUCUCAUCUUUAUUGUAUACAGUAAGAUCUGCUAAUCUAAAGAGUCACAGCGGGCAAAUAUCAUUUCCGGGAGGUAAAACUGAUAAUACUGAGACGCCAAUGGAGACGGCUUUAAGGGAGACUCAGGAAGAAAUAGGGUUAUUACCGAAUAAAAUUGAUAUAUGGGGUUGUGGUCCAGAAAUACCUGGUAAAGAUAAUAGAAUGGGUAUCACCCCAGUUAUUGGUUUGAUCAAUGAUUUAAGUGAAGACGAUUUAACAUUAAAUAUAAAUGAGGUGUCCGAAGUAUUUGCAGUUCCACUCCAGGAAUUGUGUAAUUCAAAAAAUCAGUGUUACACUCAGUUUGCAAAUGGAAUCAUCUUACCUGUUUUUGUAGCCGAUGAAUAUAAAAUAUGGGGCAUUACAGCUUACAUAACUCAUAUGGUUCUGAGUUGCUUACUAUCUGAAGAUGUUUAUAGGAAUAAUUGGAUGCAGAGUAAAAUUGACAUGAAAUACAAAAAAUGAUGUUAAAUGAAUUUAGAAAAAAAAAAAAAAAGAUUUUAGAAUAUACUUAUACAAUUGUUUUUUUA